AGGCCUCCUGGUGAUCAUGGAUUACAAACUGCAUCCCACCUGUUGAUCACUGGUUUCACAAGUAAAAUCCAGGUUUAUGAGCAGAUUUCUUAAAUCAAGACAAACGAUGUGGGCCAGAGCUGUAAUACUUUUCAUUGGUGUGUUAUUCCAUUACCAGCAGGCCUUAGCAGUGGAUACCUACAUGGCUGAGUUCAUGAUAGAAAGCAAUGCUACGUUGUACGUCUCUGGUGCUCUAUCAGCAAUCAAGCAAAUAGCAACACCUAAUACAACAAUGACUAUUGAACUGCUUGAACUAACAACAGAAUGUAAAAUUGUCGGGAAUGCUUCUACGUGUAACUGUUCAUCAGCGUACAUCUGGAGUAACGACGUGUGUGACAAUUUCCAGUGUUGCAAUUACUCAUAUUGUAACACAAAUAUUUCUGACUACCCAGCCCUCUGCAUACCCAAAGUGAAAGUUCGCUUUAAUGGAACAGUCCAAGUGAGAAUAACAAUUAAUCAAACUGAUACUAUCAAAAAACAGCUUACAGAUUGUUUUAAACAAAUACAUGGGUUUGAGUGCCUCAAUGUGUCUGGACCGAGGGAUGGUGGACAAAUUGUUGAUUUCAAAGUGGAUCUCAGUGUCAUAUUUCUGACUGAUACACUUGCAAAAAUAAUAGCUGACCUGGAACCUACUGUUGGCAAAAUAGCUGUUGAAACAUCAGGACUCGUGAGCAUUCAGUAUCCAUUGGGCACAGUGAAAUUCUCCUCAACACCGACGCUAAACUGCAGAUUUGAAGAGAAAACAAACGGCUCUUGGAACUGGAACCUGUUAAAAGGAAAUAAGACAUUUGAUCUGAACACUGGAAGCAGCAUAACAGUCUCAUUACCCAAUGAAACGCCACACAAUUGUACCACAGUCCAAAUUAUAAAGUUGUCAGGGAACUGGGCAGGGAUUUAUAAGUGUGGAUUUUCCAAAGGGUCCAUUGUGCACGCAGCCACUGCAGAGUUGAAGGUAGCCCUGCUACCAGAUAAGAUCACCAUGACGAUUGACCCACUGACUGUAGAAUGCCAAGAUGCAGUGCCUCCUGUGACAGUCACUGCAACCAUCGAUAACAGCACAGAGCAAUACACGGUCACUUGGUCAUACCAAAAUAAUCUCCAAACUCCAAAUCUCCAAACUCAACCAGUACCACCAGCGGGGAUAGCCUACACCACAGUGAUAUCUAUAAAUUGCAGUCCAUUAAGCUCACCCCAUGUUGUCAUCGUCAGCUUUACAAACCAGAUGGAUGAGAUCAAGAAAGCAAGCAUAAAUAUCCCAGUGAUAUAUGCUCAUGACAAGAACCAGGCUUGUCCUGAAGAGAAUAAUGUUUGGCCAAAAACCCCAAAAGGUGUGACUGUCACCAUCCAAAAAUGUGAGGUGAAUAGAGUUGGGUACAAAGAGCGGACAUGCAAGGGGCCUGAGUGGAUGGAGGUGCUGGAUAACUGUAUCAAUGAGGAGCUCAGCAAAGUUGUCAAUGCAGCAGCAAAUUUUAAAGAGGGACUUGGGGCCACUCUUCAGGUUGCUAUUCAAAUCUUUUCUGAUUUGAAAAAGAGCAUGGUUGCUGACUCAGUUGCUGACCUGAGUGCAUCCAUCAAUGUGCUGGAUACCAUGUCGAGUGCAUCAAAAACCAUCACCCUGGAUAACUCCAUUUUAGAUACAUUUCUUGAUGCAGCGAGCAACAUGUUGAAUAACACUUGGAAGGCAGUCAACAAAAGCCUUGAAUACGACAUGUCCUCAAAAUACCUCACGUCUAUCGAGGGUCUAGUGAAUAACAUCAAAAUGAAUACCAGUGAGGGAAAUGACACCCCAAAUAUACAACUCAAACUCUGCAAUGUUCAGAACGGCACAUCUUGCAAUGACAUUGUGUUUGGUGUAGAGGUCAAAUUGGCCUUGUCCUCGGGAAUAGUGAAAACUGUGGGAGUAAAAAACCUAGCUGACAAAUUAAACAAUUCUAAAUUCUCAGACUAUAAAUUCCCUAGCAUUGUGGUGUCAGCCACACUGCAAAACAGCAAUGACUCCAAAAUAGACAUCAAAUUGGACUUUCCCAUCAACCAGUCGAUGACUCAAGACUCCAACAUCCUCUGUGUGUUCUGGAAUACCACAUUGAACGAAUGGUCUGAAGAAGGCUGCAAGUGGAAGAAAGGGGUCAACAAUAGAAGCCAUUGCGAGUGCACCCACCUGACCUCUUUUUCAGUGCUGAUGUCAAAGAUCCCGGUGACCCUGCUCUUUCUGGAUGAGAUCACCUACGUGGGCCUCGGCGUGUCCAUCUGCUCCCUCAUCAUCUUCCUCAUCAUCGAGGCGCUGGUGUGGUCGGCCGUCGUCAAGUCCAACCUCUCACACUUCCGCCACACGGCCCUGGUCAACAUCUCUCUGUGCCUGUUACUGGCCGACUGCAGUUUCCUGGCCGCCUGCUUCCCCAGCAUCAAAACCUCUACCUGGUGCCUCGUCCUGACCGUGACCAAGCAGUACUUCUUCCUGGCUAUGUUCUGCUGGAUGCUAUGCCUCAGCAUCAUGCUACUACACCAGCUCAUCUUCAUCUUCCACCCGCUGAGGAAGAGGGUAUAUCUGCUCCUGUCCACCAUCCUCGGCUACAUCUGUCCCACAGUGAUAGUGUCAGCUACCUAUGUGUACUACAAAUACACAGGGAAACCCUACCACAACACGGAAACCUGCUGGCUCACUUACGAGGGGCUUCUGAAAGGGUCCAUUCACGCCUUUCUUCUGCCCGUUGGGACGAUUAUUUUGAUGAAUCUCUUCUCCAUGGGUGUUGUCAUCAUGACACUCCUAAAGUCCACUGUCUCUGAUGGGAGUAAAGCCGAUGAGAAAGAGGCAGCCAAAAGCAUCAUGAAAGUGAUGGUCUUUUUAACGCCAGUCUUUGGAGUAACAUGGGUUUUGGGAUUCUUUGUGCUGCUCAGUGAUAUCAACUCACCAAUGAGUGUUCUGAUGAAUUAUGCUUUCACCAUCAUAAACUCCUUUCAGGGCCUCUUCGUUUUGCUGACUGGAUGUUUUGCAGAGAAAAGGGUGAAAGAUGAGGUGUUGAAACUUUUCUUGGCUAGGACACGUACUACCAAAGGGACAAGUGAGAGUACAAAAGACCUGACAAAGUCCACUUCAAAUAAUUGAUGAACAUCAAGAAAACAAGCUAUAUUCUGGAUCAAGCUAUAUACUGGAUCAAGCUAUAUUCUGGAUCAAGCUAUAUUCUGGAUCAAGCUAUAUACUGGAUCAAGCUAUAUACUGGAUCAAGCUAUAUUCUGGAUCAAGCUAUAUACUGGAUCAAGCUAUAUUCUGGAUCAAGCUAUAUUCUGGAUCAAGCUAUAUUCUGGAUCAAGCUAUAUACUGGAUCAAGCUAUAUUCUGGAUCAAGCUAUAUUCUGGAUCAAGCUAUAUUCUGGAUCAGGACCAACCCAUAUGUCUGCCUACUCUCACCCAGACAGAAACAUCCACCUGGUUGUUUCCUCAAAGGGAUGGCUGUGGUUUAGGUGAUGUUUAGACAGGUCUUAUCAUGAUUUCAUUAUAUUAUGUCAAUUACCUAUCAAGUUUCAUAUUAAUAUCUGAACUCCUAGACAUGAAUCAAUUGCUAAACACAUCUUUGUGAUUUCCUGUACACUUAUUUUCUACAAACAGUACAGUAGCAUACUAUGAUGUCAUAAUAUUACUGUUGUGUUGGUCAAUGGCAUUUGGUUAAUAAUACUAAUGAUUCAAUUGAUUGAGUUUUCCUGUACUUGCAUUAUUUAUAACUGUAGAUUAACUGUGGCAAUCAAAGUUAUUGUAAUAAAGGAAGGCCAGGAUUCCAGGCAUGUUGUAGACAAACACAUUGCAUACUGACAAAGUCCCUUUUAAAAGCUAUUUCCCCAACAUUUGCAAAGAUCGCAUUCACGGUAAACACUGCAGAUAUUGGCUCAAGCUGAAAUUACCUUGAAAAUGCCCCUCAAGUGCUGUGCACUUGUAGACAACGUGCCUUUGAUUGAAUCCCGGCCUAAAUGUCUUUUUUAAUCUAAACCCGCUGCCACCAAUUCAUUGUUUGGAAUAUAGGAGUAUCAUUUGUGGCUGUAGAGCAAAUGCAUUCAUGUAAUAGAAUGAGAAACCUAGGGAUGGAUUCAAUCCAUUUUGACAAAGUGUCGUGGAAGAUCCACGUAAAAAUGUUCAGAUCUUCAGUGCUACGGAAUGAAUAGAGCCCCUAGAUUAACUAGCUUUAUUAGGGAAAGGUAGUAUCUACAUUAGUCUAUGGUCUCGAUUCAAUCCAGAGUGUGAUUGACAUUUAAAGGCAAUGUUCCCACAUUUCUCAGAGACUGCAGUCACGGUAAUGUCAGUCCAAUCGGAAAUUGCCUUUAAAUGUCAAUUACGCUGUAACAUGAAUCUUCCGCAGUCUGAAUUAAAUCUGAAUGAAAUCUAGCCCUUUGUUAAUGUUUAUUUUUUACAUUGUUAUCUGUAUGUGUGUGUGCUCUUGCAAUCAUCUAAUAAUCAAUCAAAUAAAGAAACAUAAAUCUCACAGAAGCAAUUAUUGUCACGCCUUGGUCAUUGUAUUUUGUGUUUUUGUUAUAUGUUUGGGUAGGCCAGGGUGUGACAUGGGUUUAUAUGUUGUUUUCGUAUUGGGGUUUGUAUUAGUUGGGAUCGUGGCUG